AUGGGCACCACAAUACCACCACGCAUAUACCGCUUCCUCCACAUGCGGAGCCCAUUUGGCAGAGCAAUCGUCUUGGCAGCCAUCUCCUUGAUACUCAUCAGCCUGUCGCUACUCUCCUCCAGCUCCUCGGAACUCCGCAGGGCUGUUCUCGUUACCACCGAUAGCUUCAGACAACAUGGGGGGCAACGGCCGCUAUCAAACACGCCUGUAUGGCCAUCACCAAGCCCACCGAACUCGACCGAGAACACAGCAGGUGCCAGGUUUGACGCCGAGACGAUGGGCUGCGAGGACGACUUUGCCCACUUGCGCAAGCUGCAGGUACGCUAUGGCCUGCAGCCCAAGUUUGAGUACUAUAGGCGCCACGUCCAGAUUUCACGCCAGGAUAUCGAGCGCAGUGCCAUGACAGAAGUCGACGAGAGGUUCCUGCCUGGCGAGUUCCGCCUCGUCGACACCGAGACUCGUACGGCCUCGGACACACCCUGCCCCGGCCCCGAGCCGCUCCACCUGCCUGUCACCAAGUCGCCAUUCCCAUCCACCGCGAACCUGUCCGACUUCCUCUUUGGCGUCUCGACGACAUACAAGCGCUUCAGCGACCCGCGCACCAGUUCCGUGGACGAGUGGGCCUACUGGCUGACCGACUCGCGCGGGCGCUCCAACGGCGGCAAGCUGCUGCUCCUGCUCAUCGACGCGUCGUGGCUCGAGCUGCGCGCGGCCCGCAACCGCCUCAAGUCGGCCGGCAUCGACGCCGACGUGCAACGCUCCGACUCCAAGGACCCCAUGGCGGUCCGCUACCUGUCGCUCGUGCCCGCAAUGUAUCGCCACCCGGCCCGGUGGACGCGCAAGUGGCUCGUGGCGUGCGACGACGACACCUUCUUCCCCUCGCCGCACGCCCUGGUCGAGCGCAUGGCGCGCUUCGACACGUCGCGGCCGCUCUACGUCGGCACGCUGUCCGAGGACGCUAACAACGUGGACCGGCAUGGGGCGCAGGCGUUCGGGGGCGCCGGCGUCUUCAUAUCGGUGCCGCUCGCGUCCGAGGUCGCGGCCGCGUACGACAGCUGCCGGACGGAGCGCAAGAUCGCCGAGGCCGACAGCGGCUGGGGCCCGCAGGGCGACAUCCUGCUGCGCAAGUGCGUCUACGAGAACACCCCGGUCCGGCUCUCCAUGGUCCCGGAGCUCUGGCAGCUCGACCUGAUGGGCGACCCUUCGGGCUUCUACGAGUCCGGGAUCAAGCCGCUGUCGCUGCACCACUACCGCGGCGGCAUGUGGCACAUUGGGUACCCGCUCGCGUACACGCGGCACGCGCACCUCUGCGGCGAGGACUGCACGCUGCAGCGGUUCCGGACCCGGGACGGCUUCGUCCUCUCGGCCGGCUUCAGCGUCGCGCGCUACCCGCUCGGCAUGGACGACCUGGAUACGGACCAGAUGGAGCGCACCUUUUGGCCGGCGCCCGACGACAAGGGCUGGAACCUCGACUUCGCGCUCGGCACGCAGCGCGGGAGCCUCGCGCGCACGGGGCGCAAGCUCUCGUGGGACCUGCAGGAGAGCGCGCUGAGACCCGACGGGAGUGUGUCGCAGAUCUACGUCCGCAAGGCCGAGGACCAGCGGUGGGUCGACUGGGCGGGCAACCGCAUGAGCGAGAACGACGGCGUUGUUGAGCUGGUCUGGAUUUUGUGA